AACUCCUCCUCUCCCAAAGAAGGAAAGCAACGAAAAGCGUGAAGACGGAGUCGACUCUCCAAGGCUGAAGCGCAGGGCCAUGGCUCGUGGGCAGCAGAAGAUUCAGUCCCAGCAAAAGAACGCAAAGAAAGCAGCAGAGAAGAAGAAAUCUCAUGGUGCCGACCAGAAAACUGCUGCCAAGGCCGCGCUGGUCCACACCUGCCCUGUCUGUCGGACCCAAAUGCCCGACCCGAAAACCUUCAAGCAGCACUUUGAGAGCAAACACCCCAAGUCCCCGAUGCCUCCGGAGCUGGCCGACGUUCAGGCGUAACGGGUUAUUUUAGGAAGAAACACGAUGACCACAGAUGACUCGGCUGCGUUGCUGGGCGAUGUUGACGAACUCGGGACCUGUCAGUAUUCAGAGGACAACAGGGGAGGCGCACAACAGAAACCUGGGCAGACAAACACCAGCAGCCCCUUUUUAUCCUCCAUGUUUAAAAAAUAUAUAUUUAUUACAUGUUACUAACUUUUAGUGUAACAGAUUUCAGUUUUUCCACCAAUUAUAAUAUUCUUCCACUGCAACAAAAAGUAGAUUUCAUGUAAAAAAAAUUCCCCCAAAGACUGAAUUAAUGUUUUCACUGUACUUUGUUUUUUUUUAACCUUUUCAAUAAAGCAAUCAAUAUAUUCAA